UCUUCCAGUAUGUGCUGGCUAUGCGAUAUGUCUGCUUUUGGGGAACCUGAUGUUUGUGACAGGUCUGGCGCCAUCAUCGUCAGCUUUAGGUUUCGAAGCCGUCGAUGUUGGCCGGAAUGUGACUUUGAGAUGCUCCUAUCAGGAAAAUUCUGCAAUAGGCUUUUACUGGUACAAACAAAGUCCGGGACGGAAACCACAGCUGAUGUCGGAAUUCUUGAAACAUGCUAGCAGAGUCUCUGUGAAAAGUCCGUUCAAAGACGAUCCACGGUUCCAACCGGACACAGGCGUUGGCAAAAACAACUUGAAGAUCUCAAAUGUCCAAACAUCAGACUCGGCUGUCUACUACUGUGUAAGUAGCCACUCUUUUGAGUUCGACUUCUUGGAGGGCAUCACUAUCCAGGUAAAGGACUCAGCAUUAAACUUCCAAACGUCAGUCUACCAGUCAGAAUUCCAAACCUUUCAUCCGGGAGAUUCUGCCACGCUGAACUGUACUGUCCACACUGGGAUCUGGGGUGGAGAACACAGAGUUUACUGGCUAAAAGACUCUAACGAAUCCAAUCCGAGAAUCAUUUAUGCGCAAGGGGACGGGAGAACCCAGUGUGAGAUGAAACCGAACAGACAAGCUCACACCUGCGUGUACAACCUGCCGCUGGAGAACCUGAAAGCGUCUCACGCCGGGACAUACUACUGCGCGGUCGCCUCGUGUGGAUCCAUCCUGUUUGGAAACGGGACCAAGCUGGACUACAACGAAAACCCGGGUUCUUCUGUCCUGCCGUACGUGUUGACAGGAACUUUGGCCUUCGUCGUCCUCCUGAUGGGUCUGUUGGCGUACACAUCCCACAAGCUGUACAAGAUGGAGAAAUGCAAUCGUGAAGAUCCUCCAGAGAGAUCUUCUGCUGCUUCAGCUCCUAAAGCCCAAGACUCUGUGGAUGCGGGUCACCUCCACUACGCCACCGUCAGUGAGAAGAACGUUAUCAGACCAGGAGCGCAGAGCGAAGCCGGCGAUGCGUGCACGUACUCUACUCUGAAGCAGUAG